AUGUAUUCUGUGAAUACUGCUGCGGCCCUGGUGGCCCUUUUCGCCUUUCAGGGCGUUCACGCCGCACUGGAUGUGGCAAGCUCAUCCAAUGUUGCUGUUUAUUGGGGUCAAAACUCCUAUGGAGAAUCAUCCGGCGACCUUGCCCAGCAAGAUCUUGCCUAUUAUUGUGAAAGCUCGGAAAUCGACGUGAUCCAACUUGCAUUUUUGGAUGUGAUUAAUGGAGAGGGCGGCGCCCCCGAAAUUAACUUCGCCAAUUCAGGCGAUUCCUGCACUACCUUUGAUGGUACUGCCCUUCUUGAUUGUCCCACCAUCGCGGAAGAUAUCAUUACUUGCCAGGGCCUUGGAAAGACUAUUCUCCUUUCGAUCGGUGGUUCUACUUACAGCGAGGGAGGAUUUACCAGCGAGGCUGCCGCUAUCGCUGGCGCUCAGAUGAUCUGGCAAACCUUUGGACCGGUUUCCACCAACACUUCCAUCAACCGCCCCUUCGGCGAUUCCGUCGUCGAUGGAUUCGAUUUCGAUUUCGAGUCUACUGUCACCAAUAUGCCUGCUUUCGCUAAUGAGUUGCGGACAUUGUUCGCUGAAGAUACUUCCAAGACAUACUAUCUUACAGCCGCGCCACAAUGCCCCUACCCCGAUGCCGCUGAUAACCCGAUGCUUGAUGGCGCGGUAUACUUCGAUGCCAUUUGGGUUCAGUUCUAUAACAACUACUGUGGUGUCAACUACUUCACCGCUGGCUCCACCACGCAGGCCGAUUUCAACUUUGACAGUUGGAAUACCUGGGCCACCACUAUCUCCCUUAACCCCGAUGUGAAGGUCUUCCUGGGUAUCCCCGGUGGUAGCACUGCGGCUGGAACUGGUUAUGAGGCCGCAUCCACCAUCGCUUCAAUCGUCGAUUUCAUUACUGAGGAAGCAUACACGAGCUUUGGUGGCAUUAUGAUGUGGGAUGCUAGUCAGGUGUAUGCCAAUGAUGGAUUCCUCUCUAGCAUUGCAUCUGCUUUGGGAUCUUCUUCUACUACCACCACUUCCAGCACAAGCACCACUGCCAGCGCAACCACCACUUCCAAGGCUACUACCGUAUUUAAAGCGACAACGACUAGCUCCACUGCUUCUUCCACCAGCACAAGUACCACUUCCAAGGCUACUACCCUAUCUAAAGUCACAACCACCAGUUCCACUACUUCUUCCACCAGCUCAAGCUCUCUUAGCACCACCGAGACUAUCAAGGCGACCACCACCACUGCCGUCCCUACCACACUGUUGACUGUACAGAAGACCGGUACUACUGUCACUGUCAAAACCACAAAGACUGUCGCUUAUGUGAUCACGACAAAUGCCAAGGCAGCUGUCUCCACUACUUCGUCGACUAAGACCGCCACGUCUACUACUGCCACUACUGCGCCUGCUACCACUACCGCGGCCUCACUGACCGCAGACGAGAGCUCCGAAGUCUGCCCAGUCUCCGGAGGAACCUGUGCAACCUCCGGCACCUAUGCCUGCAACGGUAGUAGCUAUGGAAUUUGCGACAAUGGGGAGUGGGCUAUUCAGAGCUGUGCUUCGGGUCUUAUCUGUGUGCAGGAUGGGUCUUCUAUCUACUGCGACUUCAAGGGAGAUCAUCCCGAUACCACUUGCAGCUAA